CUUUUACUCCCAACGAACCUCUGCUUCAGUGCUUCCAUCAGAGCUGCUCCCCCUUUCCCCUUUGUUUCCAGUGCCAUUUCGCUCUCACAUGCAGCAGAAAGCCAGACCGAUAAUCAAGAAUCCCAACCCCGAGAUUCUCACUCCCUGUGCGCCAUAGAUUUCUCCGCCCCACUCUCUCUCUCUCUCUCUCUCUCUCUCUACAUGGCUUUUGUCCAGAGAAUCUUUAGUAGUAGUAACUAGUACUAGUAGAAGCCAAUGUCACUCCUCCGCUCCAAUUGGCCGGAAUCCCACCCCUGUAUCUAUCCGCUCGAUCCGAACCUGCUCCUAGCUUCAAGUGUAAUAAAUCUGUGCAAAUCUGUAAAUUUGUAAAGCGUGCAGAGGAUGAUGGAUCGGAGUUUUGACUUUGGUUUACUGAAUUUGACCUUGUGGAGCUGAAUUUUAGCUUUUCUUCAAAUGCUACCAGAAGAUGUGCCUGGUCAACAGCGAAUUGCAGGUACAUGUCCAUAUUCUCGAGUGGUGAAUUGCAGGUGCAGAACUUUAUCCUGCACAUUUUACUGGAGUAUCGGGACGAUUGAGAUCUCUUGUUAAGAGUCAUGAAGAGAAGGAAUAUACAUCAAAGCUCACAUCCAUUUGAUCCAUGCCCUUUUGAGGCAUUUUAUUACGGCUCAUGGCAAACUGUGGAGCGCUUGCGAAUUAAGGAUGGGGCUAUAACCAUGCUUUUGGUAGAUGGUGAAAAUAUUGUAGAAGAAAAUGUCCCCCUAUCAAACCUUCGAGUAAGGUCGAGAAAAGCAACUUAUUCAGAUUGCACUUGCUUUUUAAGGCCGGGACUUGAUGUUUGUGUGCUAUCAACCUUACAACUUACAGAAAAUUCAAGUGAAGAGGAAAAGCAGGAGCCUGUCUGGUUGGAUGCUAAAAUAAAAUCUGUCGAGAGGAAGCCUCACGAAUCUAAAUGUGCUUGCCAAUUUUACGUUAGCUUCUAUGCUACACAAGGCCCUCUUGGAAUGACAAAGAAAGCACUUGUUAAGGAAAUCACUAUGGUGCAAAUUGAUCAAAUUUCCAUCAUUCAAAAGCUUGAAUGGAACCCAUGUGAAAAUGAGCACUACCGUUGGGACUUAACUGAGGAUUGUUUCUCGGUGCAUAUAUACAAGUUAUUCACAGGAAAAUUCUCAUCUGAUCUUUCAUGGCUACUUGUUGUUUCUGUUUUGAAGCAACUUGAAUUCUACGUAAGGUCAAUACACAACAGGAUAGUCUAUCAGAUUUCUGAUGAUGAUGGUGACGGUGACGGUGACCAUUGUUCUCCAAAUUCAGAAGGCCGUUCCAAUGCUGUGAAUUUUAAGUUAGAGAAUGGAAUUUCAGUCCCUGUUGUUGUACCCUUCACACCAAUAAGUACUCCUGAGAAGGGAACUGGUUCUAGCAUGGAUGGAGAAGAACUGGGGUCAUCUUUUGAUGUCAUGGGUUUGCGUCGAUCCAAGCGGCGAUAUGUGCAACCAGAGCGUUACAUGGGUUGUGAUGAUUUAUCUGAGUCUGAUAUUGAUGUGGUUCGAAUGUACAAAACAUACAGAUGGGAAUAUGAAGAAAUGCCAUUGGCGCCAUUGGCACUAUCGAUCCAAGCUGACCAUGCACAUCAGUUGGAUGACCACUCCGAGUUUGACAAAAGGGUCGUUUCAUAUGCAAAAGAUCAAUAUGAGUUUUUUUUUGGGUCCCAAAAAUCACUCAAAUCUCUGGAGGUGGAAUCACGUGUAUCUAAUCAAUGCGAGCAUCCACCACGACUUACUAAUCAAAUACAAGAUCCACUACAACUUGCUAUUGUUCCUGUGACCGAUAACACCAAUCAAACUGUCCAUGAGGAGAAUCCCCUUCGUGCUGAGAUUCCUGGGAAGUAUUCAGAGGUCGUUGGUCAAGCGGUUUCAAAGUAUAUUUACAUUAAUGGUACCCAUAGAGUGCAUAGAAGAAGUACUUCUGAGGGUGACAUUCCAGAGAGUGAAGGUACUCGAUGGGGGUGGAAAAGUUUAUACAAGAAAACUCGCAGAAGAAGGGAUAGGUCUAAACCUUCGGGAAGGGAGAGUUUUCGCGAUGCAGGAACAACUAACUGCAAGAGAUCAUUUAGUGCGAGUAUGUACAGGGAGUUGAUAAGGAGAUGUAUGGACAACAUAAAAUCCACAAUCAACAAAGAACAACCACUAGUUAUUGAUCAGUGGAAAGACUUCCAGGCAUCGAAGUUCAUGGAGCAAAGGGAUGGUAGUGAAGUACCCUCGAAAAAUGAGGAAGAAGACUCGGAAAUAGAGAUGUUAUGGAAGGAAAUGGAACUUUGCAUGCAAUCAAAUUAUCUCAAUGAAGACAGUGAGGGUUCCAAUGUUGAAGUCCCCAAUGAGAAUGUGCAGAAUUCAAGUAAGCACCGUGGACAAGCUUGUCGACAUGAAUACAAACUAAAUGAAGAAAUAGGAAUUCUGUGUCGCUUAUGUGGCUUUGUGCUCACCGAAAUAAGAGAUGUCUCGCCAUCAUUUUUGCAAUCCACUGUUUGUAUUCCAAACAAGGGCCCACGCAAUGAAGAAGAUUCAGAUCAUGAAGAUGUGGGGCUUGAUCUUGCAUGCAUUCCUGCUACUUCCAACAUUCCGUUAUCGGAGGGGGAAGACAAUGUAUGGACCUUAAUACCCGAGCUUCAAAAGAAAUUACGCUUCCACCAAAAGAGGGCAUUUGAGUUCCUCUGGCGUAACAUUGCUGGUUCUUUGGUACCAGCUCUUAUGGAACCUUCAGUUAACCGGAGAGGAGGUUGUGUUAUCUCUCAUUCUCCCGGGGCUGGUAAAACUUUUCUCAUCAUUGCAUUCCUUGUGAGCUUCUUGAAGCUAUUCCCAGGAUCAAGGCCUUUGGUCCUCGCACCAAAAACAACGCUGUACACCUGGUACAAAGAGAUAAUCAAGUGGGAUAUUCCUAUUCCGGUUUAUCAAAUCCAUGGUGGUCAAACCUACAGAGGUGAAGUCCAAAGGCAGAAAUUGAAGUUAUCACCCGGAGCUCCAAAACCCAACCAAGAUGUGAUGCAUGUGUUGGACUGUAUGGAGAAAAUUCAAAAAUGGCUUGCUGGCCCAAGUAUUCUUCUGAUGGGUUAUACCUCAUUUCUAACAAUGACGCGGGAAGAUUCAAAAUAUGCUCACAGAAAAUAUAUGGGCCAAGUGUUGCGGCAGAGUCCUGGUAUUCUUAUACUUGACGAGGGGCACAACCCAAGAAGCACUAAGUCAAGGUUGAGGAAAGGUUUGAUGAAGGUUGAGACAGGGCUCAGGAUUUUGCUCUCCGGUACAUUGUUUCAGAACAACUUUGGAGAGUAUUUCAACACCCUCACUUUGGCACGACCGAGUUUUGUGGGUGAGGUUUUGAAGGAACUGGACCCGAAGUACAAGAGGAGGAAGAAAGGAGCAAAAACACGCUUUUCGCUCGAAAAUAGAGCAAGAAAGCUUUUCAUUGACAAAAUUGCAAAGAAAAUCGAUUCAGGCAUUGCAGAAGAACGAGCUGAAAGUCUGAACACUUUGAAGAAAUUGACUGGCGGUUUUAUAGAUGUUUACGAAGGUGGAGUUUCUGACAGCCUUCCUGGUUUACAAUGUUACACUCUGAUGAUGAAGUCAACACCUUACCAACAAGAGCUGCUGACAAAACUUCAGAACCAAAGACCUGCUUACAAAGGAUUUCCUCUGGAACUGGAGCUUCUCAUUACUCUUGGCUCCAUACAUCCUUGGUUGAUCAGAACCACUACAUGUUCCAGUCAAUACUUCAGUGAAGAAGUACUGGAGGAUCUUGAUAGGUACAAGUUUGAUUUAAAAUUCGGUUCAAAAGUGAGAUUCGUUAUGAGCCUUAUACCGCGAUGUAUUAUAAGGAAAGAGAAGGUUCUCAUUUUUUGCCACAACAUCGCUCCGAUUAACCUAUUUCUAGAAAUAUUCGAGGCAUUCUAUGGCUGGCGGAAAGGUGAAGAGGUUUUGGUCCUUCAAGGGGAUCUUGAGCUUUUUGAAAGAGGAAGGGUGAUGGAUAAGUUUGAGGAACCUGGUGGGCCCUCAAAGGUGAUGCUGGCUUCGAUCAACGCUUGUGCUGAAGGCAUCAGUUUGACUGCAGCUUCGCGGGUGAUCUUAUUGGACUCUGAGUGGAAUCCUUCAAAGAGCAAGCAAGCUAUUGCGCGAGCUUUUAGGCCUGGUCAGGCGAAAGAGGUGUACGUGUACCAGCUCUUGGCUACUGGAACCCUAGAAGAAGAGAAGCACACUAGGACCACAUGGAAGGAAUGGGUUUCUUGUAUGAUAUUUAGUGAGGAGAAUGUGGAGGACCCGUCACGCUGGCAAGCAGAAAAAAUCGAAGAUGAUGUGUUGAGGGAGAUUGUGGAAGAGGAUCGAACUACUCUGUUCCAUUCAAUAAUGAAGAAUGAGAAGGCUUCGAAUGCGGUGGUUAGAGGUAAAGACUAAACUCAUGACUUGGAUCAUAAUACUGGAAUAUGCAGAACCUGCUUGCCAUUUAUGCAUGAGUUGAUGAUGAACUGAUGAUUUGUGCGAUUGUUGGCGAGUCCAGCUUGGUGGUGUGUUGUUCAGCUUGGUGUGAAAACUUAACGAGCUUCAAAAAUAUGUUCAAAUUAGGUUUGUUUGUCAGUCGAGUUGAUCUCAAACAAGCUUUUAUUUGGUUGCGUAGAAUGUGCUUUUCAUUUUAGCAUGACUUGAUGUACUAAUAAAAUUUUCGAACUUGGUUUGUAUGUUAUCGAGCCGAUCUCAAACUGGCAUCAAGGGGUUAUGUAAAACGUGCCUGUCGUUUUAGCAUGACUUAUGUAGUAAUAAUAUGUGAUUUGUGAACUUUUGCUA